AUUUUUCAGACUUUAAUACAUCACAAAAGUAACCUCAUAUAAUUUAUUUUAGUUGAAGAGUAAUAAACGACAUUACAAGUAAAAUGCACGCUAUUAGACAAUGCUCUGUUUGUGCUACUGGAGGACGGACUUCCUUUUGCUCCUGACCAAUAUGGCCGCGCUCAGAAGAAGCAUUGCAUGUCUCAAUUUCUUCAGGAGCACAGCAGCGAGUGUCCUCAACAGUAGGAAACCCUUGCGCCAUAGGCUCGUGCGUUUGAGAGAUGUUACCAGAACGAGCUUGGUUUCUUUGAGUGUUGGCAGUGGACUGAGCGCUGUCCCUUUCAUGCAGCAAGUGGAGAACCUCUCUCAUGAAUCCCUGAUCCGAAGCGCAUCCUCUAUGGUUACAGACAGUGCAAACACUUACCUCUCCCAGACCACUCAGGCUCUCGUAGACUCCAUCACACAAUAUUCCAAAGCUCUCCAUACCCUCAUCUCCCUUCAAAGGAGAUAUCUGGCUUCACUGGAAAAACUCUCCACUGCUGAGGAGGAUGCCAUUUGGCAAGUGAUCAUUGCCCAGCGUGUUGAAGUUGGUGACAGACUAGAUGAAUGCAACCGCUUCGAGUCAAACUGGAUUAAUGCCGUCAACCUUUGUGAAAUGGCAGCUGAGGCAGCGUACAACACAGGAGCUGAGCAUGCAUCUGUCACAGCCAAGACCAAUUUGCAGGUGGCCAAGGUUCAGGUGGAGGAGGUCCGGCAGAUAUCUGUGGAUGCUGAGAGGAAGCUGACUGAGACCCAGGCCGAGGAGAUCCAGAGGAUGGCGGAGUAUGCCUUCAUAGAGAGUGGCAGUGAUGACGUGCAUGAGGCUUACCUCAGAGAGGACUAAGACUAAUCCUGAGAGUAAAACAAGUUUGAGUCAUUUAUUGUGGUUUAAAUCCUCAACAAGUAGACAGUACACAGUCCAUCAUUUGAGAAGUUCAGGAGUUUUGUGUCAUUGGGGUUGUUGUUUAUAUAAAAAAUAUUAUGAUAAACAAAAAGCAUGUAGAGAAUUUAGUGGUGAAUUGAAUAACGCCAAUCUUAUUUAAUAACACAAAGUUCCUAUAUUUUAGCGGAUGUAAUGUCAUGCUUCCUUGUUUAUAAAGCUGAGUUGAUUACAAUUUCAUGCACUUAUUUGAACUCGUAACACUAAAUUAUAAUAUUUAUUUUCAUACAGCUUUGAAUAACAACUUCAAGUCUAAACUGAAAAUAAUAAUUGACAAUCAGGGUAUCCUAAGUGAAUUGUAUGGACUAUGGUCAACAUAGCAGUACAGUAUGGUGGCAUUUGUUUAUUUGUAUUUUAUGAUAUGUAAAUUAAAUAACUUUAUAAUAAAAAAGUAUAUUUUCCAUAUA